AUGAAGCCUUUCGCUCUUUUCCUUUCCCUCUUCGUCUUCUUCGGCCUGGUCGCCGCUUGGUCCAAAGAAGACUAUGAGAUCUUCGGCCUUCAGAAUGAUGUCGCUACCUACGAGGGCGCGAACGUGACCUUCUACGACUUCCUCGAGAUCCGCCCCAAUGCCAAUCAAGAACAGAUCACCAAAGCCUACCGCAAGAAGUCUCGCACCAUUCACCCCGACAAGGUCAAGCGCGCCUUCAUCGCCAAUUACUCCAAGGACAAGAGCAAGGCCAAGUCCAACCAGGGCGUCAACGUGAACAAGGGUCCCUCCCAGCGUGAAAUCGAUGCCGCCACCAAGAACGCCCACGCCCGCUCCACCCGCCUCAACCUCGUUGCCAAUGUCCUGCGUGGGCCCGGCCGCGAGCGCUACGACCGUUUCCUCAAGAACGGCUUCCCCCUGUGGAAGGGCACCGGAUACUACUACUCGCGCUUCCGUCCCGGUCUGGGCUCCGUGCUGGCCGGUCUGUUCCUGGUCUUCGGCGGUGGCGCACACUACGCCGCGUUGAUUCUCGGCUGGAAGCGCCAGCGCGAAUUCGUCGAUCGCUACAUCCGACAGGCUCGUCGCGCUGCCUGGGGUGAUGAUAUCGGUGUUCGCGGUAUCCCUGGACUCGAUGCUGCCGCUGAGGCUCCUGCGCCUGCGCCUGAGGAGGGUGCCGGUGCAGUUGCUGUUAACCGUCGCCAGAAGCGCAUGAUGGACAAGGAGAACAAGAAGGAUAAGAAGGGUGGUCGGGCUGGUGCUCGUGCCUCUGGUACUUCGACUCCUACUGAGCAGCCUGCCAGCACUGAGCGUGCUAGCACUGGUGAGCGGAAGCGCGUUGUUGCCGAGAACGGCAAGACGCUGAUCGUUGACUCUGUUGGAAAUGUGUUCCUGGAGGAGCAGAACGAGGAUGGCGAGCGCCAGGAGUUCCUUUUGGAUAUUGAUCAGAUUGAGCGCCCCGGUAUUGGUCAGACCAUGGUCUUCCAGCUUCCUCUCUGGGCCUUCAACCGUACCGUCGGUCGGGUGUUGGGAACAUCCCCCGCUGAAGUCGACGUGGAUUCUGAUGAGGUGGAGGAACCUGUUGAGGAAGCUGAGACUACUGCUACCUCCAACGCUCGUUCUCGCAAGCGCGGCAAGCGCUCCCAGCGAUCAUGA